AAACGCGCGCUGUCGACGGCUGCAUCGGUCGCUGCCUUGAGUUUCAUCAUGUUUCGACCGCUUCAGCUAGGUCGCCUUUCAAUCGACGGGCGAGCGCGGUACCUGCUGGCAGUUAGUACGAGCAAGAAGUAGCCGAUGAGAAGGCUGACAAUACUGUUUCAAGCCGUGAAAGCCAUGGCGACCGCAUCCACACCUCGGCACCGUGCAGUGGUACUUGUUGACAUGGACUGCUUCUACGUCCAAGUCGAGCAGAGGCUGGCUCCUGACUGGAACGGCAAGCCCUGCGCGGUGGCACAAUACAACACUUUCCAGGGGGGAGGGUUGAUAGCGGUCAACUAUGAGGCCAGGGCGUUUGGGGUCAAGCGUGGCAUGAGGGGUGAACAGGCUGCCAAGUUGGCCAAGGAUCUGCACCUGUUCCGAGUGCCAGAGGUCCGGGGCAAGGCCGACCUUACCAGGUACCGGGAGGCAGGCGCUGAGGUCCUCUCCGUGCUGUGCCAGUUCAGCGAAGUGGUUGAACGUGCGAGCAUAGACGAAGCGUACCUGGACCUCACGGAAGCGUGCAAGGCGGUACCUCUGCCUCGGAGUGCCGACGCCCUCCCUAACUCCUUCCUUGGCCAGACUCCCAAGACUGCUUCGCAGAGUGGCGAGGACGACGCCAUGUCUGUGUUCAGCACCAUAUUUGAUGACACCAUGCAGUAG